CUGCACAGCUGGUUCUAACUUCACACAGAGAUAUUCAGCUAUUAUGUCUGUAGAUCUAUGCUUGUGGGUGGAGCAGUUAUUUGAUCUGUAUUAAGUUAUUGGGACUAGAAGUUGAUUCUUUUAGCUGCAAAAUUUCACCUCCACAAUUGAACAAAGAGCAACAAGAGUGUGGAGAGUUUGGAAGCAGCCUUUUUUGAAUGCUGAAACACUUUAGAGUGAGGGAAGACUGAAAGGCCUCCGAUUCUGUAGGUAAAAGGAAAGAAAUUGAUCAUCCCAUUCUUCAUUGUUCAAGUACCAUGUCUCGUCCAGGAAACAGAAGACCAGAAUAUCAUAAAAUAGAUUGGCAUUUACCAGCAAUUUCAUCCUCCGCUUCAGCACAUUCCAUGAACAGAGAUCUCUUUGUUCUAACUUAUGGAGCUUUGGUGGCCCAGUUGUGCAAAGAUUAUGAAAAGGAUGAAGAUGUGAAUAACUAUCUAGAUAAAAUGGGUUAUGGCAUUGGAAUACGACUAGUGGAAGACUUUUUGGCUCGUUCUUGUGUGAAAAAAUGCCAUAGCUACUCAGAAAUUGCUGACCUAAUUGCACAGGUUGCUUUCAAGAUGUACCUGGGAAUCACACCUAGUGUGACACGUAAUGAAUCAAGUAGAAAUGAAUUCUCACUAAUUCUGGACAAAAAUCCUUUGGUGGAGUUUGUAGAGGAGCUUCCAGCUGGACGGUCUUCUCUUUGUUACUGUAAUUUGCUGUGUGGAGUCAUUAGAGGUGCCCUGGAAAUGAUUCAUUUGACUGCUGAUGUUACAUUCUUACAAGAUAGACUUAAAGGCGACAAAGUUACAGAAAUAGGAAUUACAUUCCUGAAGAAGUUGGAGGAGAAAAAAUACAGGCGGAAAAAAUGAAAAACAACAUACAAAAGUCACAGCAAGUCAAUUUGGGAAGUAGCUAAUAGCUAAUCAUAUAUGGCCCUGCAAUUUUUAUUUUGCUAAAGUCAUGCAAGUUUUAAAAAAGCAUAAUAACUUAACUUAGCCAGAAAAAAAGGAAUUGCUUAGUACCAAAUAUCACAGCACUUUUUUUUUCCUGCUUGUAAACUUAUAUUUUCUCCUACUCUGCAGAACCACAGGUUUUUAAAAUAAGUAUUUCAUUAUGUAAUACAGUGAGCAUGAAUUCCACAAUAUUGCACAAUCCUACCUAGUUGUUCCAUAAUUGCAGGCAUGAAGAAAAGGAUAAAUAGUUAACAUAUCGCUUAUAUUGAGCCCACAGGAUAUUACUGGUUUUAUCAUUUUUGUAUCCCACACUCUUAGCAUAGUGCCUGGCACAUAAUAAGUGCUUAAUAAAUGUUUGUUGAUUUACUGAC